AUGAACGUGUCCCAGGAGACAAUUGGUAAGAUCCAGCGUUUCGCGGAGAAACGCGGGAAGGCCGAGGAAGUUUAUAAAAAGCAACAACAGCCUAACACCUCUACUUUCCACGAUUACAACAAAAGACUCGAUGAUACCUUGCGAGAACUUCAAUAUCAAGUCAAACGCCAAGAGGAUGACCUACGAAAGCUUCGUGAGGUCAACUCCAUUGAUCUCUCCAGAAUAGGCACUGACCCUUGGUCGCGUGUAUCGCAAGUACGUAGGGCCAAGGAAGCAUAUGAUUCGCUUGUCAAGUCACGGACGGAACUACCCGAUCUUGGGUCUCCUUUACCUUCUCUGCUUGCAGUUGGCGAAACCUCUCGCCUGAUUAAAGAAAGCAAAGUGUCAAUCUCCAUGACAGCAGAGAAGCUUUCAUCCCAUCGUCAACGUCUAAAGACAGAGGAAGCAAAUCUACGUGACGCACAGACAAUCAAAGAUGGUCUAGAAAAACGGCUAGAGAACAUCCGCAACGAAAAAACAGAAAAACAUGAAAAGACACCCUCCCAGCUAGCGCGCGAAUUUGUCGAAGAACAGGAGCUUAAGAUAGCAGAACUCGACAACGCCACUGAAAGUCUGAAACAUUCUCUUCAUGCUUUCAUCAAUGACCACCUCUCUUCCAUGCUCGCUGCGGAGGAUCUCGGUGGCCCAACUGUAGGAGAUGCAAUGGAUAUUACGGAUGCUACGCUAGAAAGAGGAUAUACGAACUAUGGCAGGCCCAAAAAACCGAAAUCUUCCGAUGUAUCCGAACAUGACAGCAACCAGCGUCGUAUUGAUGAUAUGGUUCGUUCACAAGGACAGGGAGACAAUACAAGGACAGGUCCAUCAAAUAAGAGGGAGGCAGUAGCAGCAGAACUGAACAGUCUUCUUGAGACUCUACUGGAAGCUGGUUCAUCUUAUAUAGAUCUUCCCCGAGAAUCAGCCGCGUCUAGGUUUCUAGUAAGAGCCAAAGUUGCACAGUUCCACCCGCGGAAUGCUCGGAAGUUGAAGUUAAUUGAUUUUGGUCGCUCAUUGAAUGACUGA